GCGCUGUACAUUCAGACAAAUAUCAGACAUUGCCAUUAGGAAGUGGACGGGGUUUUUUUUUUUCAGGUAAUGUUCGCAAGAUUAAGACUUUUGUCUUAAAAUGUAUAACCAGUGUACGCUAUAGGGUUACACGAACUACGUAAGGUCUGUUUUAUGAUUGCUUUCUCUCUUUUUUUUCUAUAUGUCAAGCAUUACAACUCCGUUUUGUAAUUAAUUUAGAGCAUGCAUCCUCUGCUUCGUUCCACUUACAACUCAUACUUCGAAAAAAUAAAUAUAUAAACAAAUAAAUAAAAACAAUUGAAAUCGAAAUUACGAUAAUAAGAACAAAAGGAUCUAUGCCCCGACUGACACUCAGCUGGCGUCCAUUGACGGUAGAUGAAAGUUUUGUUUCUCUAGGCUACUAAUAUGUUAAUUAGCUGUUAGAGUGUGCGACCCUAUUGGCUCAUCGUCCGAGUCAAUUUCCCAUUUCCAGCCUGACGUCAGAGCGGCUACAAUGCUUAAACUCAUCUGCUGUGUGAUCCCACUAAAAAAUCGCCCCACCAGACAGCAGCUUAGAACGUGCAAGUGAGCUUUUACUCCCUGACUUUCGGUGUGUUUCCCUCUCCGCGUGCGCAAUGUAUUCAUGAAGACACCGUAAAGUGUUAAAUGUUUGAAAUCCAAAACCGCCGAAUUUCACAUGCUGAAAAAGGACUCCGCUACUCGUACGCGCGGCACUGGUGUGUCAGUGCAAUAGACUCUGCAAAGAAACUCUACUCUCACAAGCCUGCAAGUCCGCGGCUGCAAAAAGGACGCUGAAAACCUAAUUUUUUUUUUCAGUUUCAAGACAAACGCGUAAAAAUCAAACUGGCUCACGUUCUUCCCAACCAACCCAGUUUGACAGCUGCUCUUCACCCCAUUUGGAGGACUGUCAGCAGCAAGAGGAUGGCAUCAGAGCUGGCAAUGAGCAACUCCGACCUGCCCACCAGUCCCCUGGCCAUGGAAUAUGUUAAUGACUUCGAUCUGAUGAAGUUUGAAGUGAAAAAGGAGCCGGUGGAGCCCGAUCGCAACAUCAGCCAGUGCAGUCGCCUUAUCGCCGGGGGAUCCUUGUCUUCCACCCCGAUGAGCACGCCUUGCAGCUCGGUGCCCCCUUCCCCAAGCUUCUCGGCGCCCAGUCCGGGCUCGGGGAGUGAGCAGAAGACACACAUUGAGGAUUUCUACUGGAUGUCCGGUUAUCAACAGCAGCUGAAUCCAGAGGCGCUGGGCUUCAGCCCCGAAGACGCGGUCGAGGCGCUGAUCAACAGCAGUCACCAGCUCCAGUCUUUCGAUGGCUAUGCCAGGGGCCAGCAGUUUGCUGGCGCAGCCGGAGCAGGAAGCACCAUGGCCGGGGAAGAGAUGGGGUCCGCCGCGGCGGUGGUGUCGGCAGUAAUUGCUGCGGCAGCCGCUCAGAACGGAGCGCAACACCACCACCACCACCAUCACCACCACAGCAGCAGCCACCACCAGGCACCGGGCGUCCAGUCCAACGGCACUUCUGGGACAAAUCACCCACACAUGCGCUUGGAGGAGCGGUUCACAGACGAACAGCUGGUGACCAUGUCAGUGCGGGAGCUCAACCGGCAGCUACGGGGGGUCAGCAAAGAAGAGGUGAUCAGAUUGAAACAGAAGAGGAGGACCCUAAAGAACAGAGGCUACGCUCAGUCCUGCCGGUUCAAGCGGGUUCAGCAGCGGCACGUCCUGGAGGGAGAGAAGACACAACUCAUGCAGCAGGUCGAGCACCUAAAGCAAGAGAUCUCCAGGCUGGUCCGGGAGAGGGACGCGUACAAAGAAAAGUAUGAGAAGCUCAUCAGCAACGGCUUCAGAGAAAAUGGAUCCAGCAGUGACAACAACCCUUCAUCUCCGGAGUUUUUCAUGUCAUCAAGAAAAUUUCUCCAUCUGUGAUUUCAAGCACCAUCCCUCCGUGCCCUUGAGGAUUCUUGAGAUAACCUAAUGACUGAGCAGUGAUGACAUCAAAGCGACUGACCAAUUGCACCGAGACACCUACAAAGCACAACAUUCAAAAUUAUUUCCCGAAGAACAACAGACAAGACCCGCUGGAAUUCUUCAAAAUCUACAGCGAUUCUUGAAAAGCCUCUUACUACUCCUGUUUCCUUUCCCGAUAUUUUACCUCCAGCUUUUUUCUAAAAAACCACAAAAAUAAAAAACAAAUAAAAUAAAAUAAAACAAAAAUAAAAAUCACAGAGACUCAUAAUCAGGAGAUGGUUGAUUCUCUUCGAUGGGAAGAUCACUGAUGCAUGCUUCUGUAAAUAGAUCAUAAUAAAACCCUAUUCUUAUUCCUAAUAUAGGAAACGUACCGAGUUGCUCUCACCAAAUUCAUAAACCUUCAUUACUGUGAAUAGAAUACCCAUGGUUCAAUAUUUUCCAUAUAAAAUCAGUAUUCUUACCUAUUCAGCGCCCACAUAGCUAUCAUUUCAAAUAUUGCUUCUCUAGUCUUUGAAGUUAAUUUGAUUGUAAAAACUGUACUUACAAUUGUUCUUAUUCUCAGCCUAGUCUUCCUCUCCAGUAUCCACACUAGUAUGUGUAAAUAGAGACAAAUGAAGACAACCGCAUGGAUCAGACUUUAGUGUAUAUUUACCACGCUCUUAGAUCACACAUCUCAGUAUGUGGAUAUUUCAGACAACAUUUUUGAAAGUUUAAAAUAGCUGAAGAUAUUUUUCUGAUGGCCAGUGAUUUAGUCUCAGAUACCUGGAUACUGUCUGAAUAGAUCAAAUUUAUCCGGCCACAUUACAAUGAUUAUACAACAGAAACUCCUUCGCUAUCAUCAGUGAAUUCCAUUGGGAAACAGGCAAAUUGAACAGAAGAAGCAGGCAAUUUGCCCAAGCCAUGAUUCUAACAUAGCACCUCUAAGUAUUAGGUUUAAUAUUUGAUGUACUGUUUUUUUCUUUUUGUUUUUUUUUUUCUUUAAAUAUAAUUUACAGAUUUCUCCCAUUGUCUUCUUAUUUAUUAUUUUCUACUACAACAACUGCCCUGCCCUCUCAUGC